AUGUCCUCCUGGAGAUCUCCUCGCUCUUCCUCUUCUCAACAACAGAAUCUGACUUUCAGUCCGACCAAACCUACCAUCAUUGACGAAGAAAACCCUCUACUAGGCAAUGCUCCUCCCCCUCCUCCUGCCCAUUUCAGCAGUGGCCUUCAUCAUCGUCGGUAUUCUUCCACUGUUCCUCUGAGCACUGGCAAUAUUCCUCGCUUUGUGAAACGCAAUCUCCCCAACUACCAGUCGAAACAAAAGGUUAGCAUAGAAAAUAGACAUGCGGAAAACGUGCGUCCCUUGAAAUACAAGAAUUGGUUUCAUGUCUUUUUACGAUGGGAAACAAAGAAGUCCUUGACAUUACUGGUGCUGGCAUGGACCCUAAUCAACCUGGGCUUUGGCCUCAUCUACCGCGCCAUUGACAGUAUUGACCCCAACAAGGAUUGUGGAUUGGCGUCACAACCUGGCAAAGUCAUUGGCCUUCCAGGAGCCUUUGCCUUUUCCCUCGAGACCUGCACCACCGUGGGAUAUGGUCUCCCGGGAGGUCACAAUGGGUUUUUUGAAAAUUGUCCCCUUUUGCAACUCGCCAUUUACACGCAAAUGGUCUACAGCAUGUUGUUCAAUGCCUUUCUCUUUGCCUUCUUUUUUGCAAGAUUGGCCCGAGCCGAAGCCAGGGGCGCCCAAAUGCUCUUUAGCAAUAAAGCCAUAAUUGAACAUCGCAAUGGCAAAUGGUUGUUUCACGCCCGCAUCUACGAUUUGGAUGCGGCCCAUCCAGUGGUCGAAGCUCACGUGAGACUGUACGUUAUUUCCUGGAUGGAUUACGAAUAUCAAGAUUUCAACAAACAGCCUCAUUUGCUGCAUACCAUGCGACUCCUCCAACCCAAUGAUGAUUUGGGAGGCAUGCUCUUUACCAGUGUCCCCGCCACAUUGACGCAUCACAUUGAUGCCUACAGUCCUCUGACACCAUCCUAUUUGCGCGACGACGAUAGUCUUGUGCAACGACAUGGAUUGCCCUUGAGAGAAGUUGAUCGCAUGGUCGAAAACAUGGGAGGCAUUCCUUGUCCAAUCUGUGGCGAGACGUAUGGAACACAUGUCAAUCUGCAACGGCACAUUCAAUACAACGCCAUGAUGGAAGCGGCCGAUCCCAAUGUACCCGUACAAGGGUCCCAUCAAACCCUCGUCAAUACGAUGCCACCAUCACAGCCACUGGAAAAGAUGAGUGAACAAGAGAUACGCAACAGUCUCCAAGACAAGGAAAUUAUGGUUGUGUGCGAAGGAAUUGAACCUCUCAUUUCUGGAACCUUUCAAGCCUUGCAGUCCUACACGACCGACGAUAUCGUCUUUGGAGGUAAAUUCGCACCGUGCAUGUCGCAAAAAGAAGGACAAAUCUUUAUUGAUUUGAACAAGUUCCAUCAAAUUGUACCUGCCACCCCCGGGUCUUCCUUUCGGCGAAAAGGCGGACCGAGAAUCUUGUAG